GCUCGGCCCAGCAGAGGGAGCAUCGCAAUUCACACCAGCGCAGCGCGACGAGGGGAAGAGGAGUUUCUCAGCCGCAGUCGCCGAACCACACGCCGCCGAGGCCGUAGGCGCGCUUGCUGUCCCGCCGCCCGCAUGGCACCGAAGCGCCCGGCCGCCGCAGCGGCGGCGGCCUCGGGGUCGGCGUCCGAGGCAUCCGACGCGGAGGCGGACGUGGGCCACCAGCCGUCCUCCCCAUCCCCGUCCAAGACGCCGCCGACCAACCCUAACCCUAAGUCCGCUGCCGCUGGCCCCGCCGAGGACUCCACCGCGGCCGGAUCCGACUCCGAGGCCGCGUACGACUCUGACGCGGACCACCGCCCCGCGCACCGGAAGGCGGCGGUAGCGGCGUCCCCAUCGCGCAAGCCCAGGAGCCCCAGGCCGCGCUCCCGCUCCCGCUCCCCGGACGCAGCCUCGUACUCCGACGGCGCGGCCUCAGAUGCCGACGCUGACCCUGCCGCCCGAGACGGCGCCGACUCCGCCGACGACGGCAACGCCUCUCCGCUCGCGCUCCCGCGCCUAUCCCGCGCCGAGGCUGCCGCCAUCAAGCCCCUCAGCUCGCGCCCCAUGGAUCCGCCGCGCCGCUCCAUGGUACACUCUUUCUCCGAGCUGCGCUCGAAGCGCCCCCGCAGCGCCGCCGUCCCGUCAUCCGUUGAGCAGCUCAAGAGGCCGACGCGGCUCUGGAGCCUCCGUGACGAGAUCGUCAUCCUGCGGGGCUUGGUCACGUACCGCGCCAAGCGUGGGGUCCUCCCCGGCGCCAUGUAUGACAUUUCUAUGUUCCAAGGCCACAUCCAGAGCGAGCUCAGUGUUAACGUAACCCCCACGCAGCUCAGUGACAAGGUACGGCGUCUCAAGCAGAAGUACAACCAGCUUGCGUCCCGUGGCAAGAACGGGCGGGAUCCAGACUUGCCCACCCAGCAUGAACAGAGUGUUUAUGAGAUUGGCAAGAAGGUAUGGGGAACAAGUACGGGUGGUGAUGGGUAUGAGAUUGGUGGUGACAGCCAAGAGGAGCAUGAAAUUGGAGAGAGUGACGAGGAUGUGGAGAGUGGGUGGGAUGAACGUGCCCGCAAGAACAGGAGGCUGAUGCCAAUCACUAUGGCAAAUGGACACGGAUCUGGGUUCGGGGCUGGCAGAGGGAAGUUUGAUGUUGAGAAGGGAAAGGAUGCUUAUCCAUACCUUUGGGAGACUGUAGAGGAUCUGUCAAAGGAGCACCCGAAUGGGGUAGCAUUCAAGAAAGCCUUUGAGCUGAUCGAAGGCGCCAGAGCGCGUGGGAUGGAGGAGAAGCUACGAAAAUUCAGGCUGACAGAGAUCAGACACCAGCUGCGACGUAUGGAAUUGAUGAAGGAGACAGUGAAGAUGGUGCUUGAUGCGCUGGAAGGUUGACUGAGUAAUGAUCUUCUGGUGGGUGAGUUGUGCAAUGUUUAAAGGAGCAAUCAGUGUCUUCUUUUGUUUCUAGAUAGAGUUUCUGUGACUGAAUUACUUGACUUGCAUAGACAAGUUGCACUUGUGUCUCUUGGGUGCUAACUUUUGCAUUAUAUGGUAUACAGUUUCUAUGCUCACUUAAGUUUGGUUACUUAAGUUCGGUUUGAUGCA